AUGCGUCGAGCAACAGUCAGAGCAUUUCGGACCGCGCAGAUUUGCCCAUCUCGUAACCUUGCUUCACGUAGCCGCGGUGGACACUUUCAAUCCUCAAGCCAUGUUCUAGGCAUCCGACACGCAUCUGGACGAUCCGAACCGGUUUCGAAGAUAGAGGCCGCAUCGAAAGGAACAUCGUCGAUGUAUAUCCGACGGUUUUCUGUCGCGUUCGUCUCCGGCCUGGUUGGAUAUGGAGCUUGGUACACCUACAAAGGAGAGGGCGGUGAGGCAGCAAAAGGCGGAUAUUUGAACUCGAUAUCAACAGCACAAGGUCAACAGUCCCGGGCGUUAUCAACAUCGCCGAGCUAUCCUUCGUCACAGCCGGUACAGGAGACCGAAGAGGUGGAAAGGAAGGCCGUGAUCGUGGGCCCGGAUACAUUAUACACUGGGGCUAUCGCCGGCAACCAGCCCAUUACCAAAGACACGGAUGGCGCAGGAAGAAAGGUAUUGGAAAUGUUGACACCAGAACAAGCCACGCAGAUAUUGCGACGAAACGAAGAAUCAUAUCUGGUUGGGCGAGGAAAGGGCGUCGUGAGAUAUGAUGUGGUUCAAAUAGCCAGCAACGAUCCUAUCGAGGACGAUCAUUCAGAGAAGAUAAUUGAACUGCCAGAAGCAUUGGCGACAGCUACAGCAGCACGGAACCCUUCAAGUGACUGGAUGUUCUGGGGCGUAUUUGAUGGACAUUCGGGCUGGACUACAUCGGCAAAGCUCCGACAAGUGCUGAUAAGCUUCGUCGCGAGAGAACUAAACUCGACAUAUAAGGCUGCCCUAGCUGAUCCGUCAGUUGAUUCACCUUCAUCCGAUGCUAUUGAGGCUGCAAUCAAGACGGGAUUCACACGACUCGAUAACGAGAUCGUUCACGAAAGCGUUGAAAAAGUCCUGAAGGCAAAUUCGAAGCUUGUCGCCGCCGAAUUAUUAGCACCCGCGUUGUCAGGGUCCUGCGCUCUUCUUUCGUUUUACGAUAGUAACUCGAAACUUUUGCGUGUGGCUUGCACAGGAGACUCUCGAGCGGUUCUAGGCCGCCGAGGAGCAAGCGGAAAGUGGGCUGCUACAUCGCUAUCAGUUGACCAAACUGGCAGCAACUCCGAUGAGGAGGCACGAAUGCGCAAGCUCCAUCCUGGAGAACCCAAUGUGAUACGGAAUGGCCGAGUUUUGGGCGGUCUUGAGCCUACUCGAGCUUUUGGAGACGCUACCUACAAAUGGACUCGCGAAGUCUCCGAACGAUUAAAACGGUCUUUCUUUGGGCGGACACCAUCUCAACUCCUCCAAACACCUCCUUAUGUUACCGCCGAACCCGUGGUUACCACUACAAAAAUUGAACCCGAGAAAGGGGAUUUUGUUGUGAUGGCGACCGAUGGGCUAUGGGAAAUGCUUACCAAUGAAGAAGUGGUCGGGCUAGUAGGCCAAUGGAUUGAGAAGCAAUCCGCUGAAAGCAAUGGAAGUGUAGGAAACUCUUGGGUCAAGAUGUUCUCCACUCAGCAGAAAGGGCUACCGGUCGAACAGGGUACAGCCUCGAAGGAGAAGGAUGGUCAGAAAACGCCAAUCAGACAGCAACAAUGGGGCGUGAAAGGUGGCGAGAAUGCCAGAUUCGUGGUGGAAGAUAAGAACGUCGCGACUCACUUAGUGAGAAAUGCGUUAGGUGGGAAGGAUAAGGACAUGGUGUGCGCGCUUUUGACGCUGCCAGCGCCAUAUUCAAGACGAUAUCGGGAUGAUUUGACUGUCGAAGUUAUCUUCUUUGGGAACGGUGAUAAGAGUGGUGACGUGGUGGUCAAUAAAGAAGCUAGCGCUUUAGCAAAGAACAUCAAGCCAAAGCUAUGA